AACGACAACGAAAAAAAAAUGUUCAAAUACGUUUUAUUAAUUGCUUUUUUGGCUUUGGCCAGCGUAUAUGCACUGGAAGAUGACGCUCAUGCUCAUGUUAUGAUGGACUAUAAGAAAAACGAUGCUCAUGGUCAUUUUGAGUACGGCUAUGAAGUUACAAACGGCAUCGGUGGUGUAGAGUCUGGCGAUGGGAAAUCGGUUAGUGGCAAUUUUCACUUCACAACUAAAGAUGGGACUCCAGUGGAGGUCACUUAUACAGCCGAUGAAAAUGGUUACCGUCCUCAAGGUGCCAUCAUUCCAACAGCCCCACCAACACCACCAGCUAUCCUGAGAGCUUUGGAAUACAUUAAAAAUCAUCCCCACGUUGAUAAGGAUAAGGACCAUCAAAAACAUUAAGCAAAAGGACGUAAAAAGUUGCAGCUUAACCUAAUCAUUCUAUUAAAUGUUCAUUCAAUUCAGUGUC